AUGAGUACAGUCCCGGUGGAGUCUUUUGACUUCUCCGGCCUCCGUCGUGCCAGCAGAGCCCCGCCCACCCGCCGCGGACAUCCGCUGCCAUGGUGACCCUGCUGCUUCGAGUCCUGCGUCCCCGCCGCAGUCUCCCGCUCCGUCUGCGGCUAGUUAUAGGUGUACCCCUCAGGGCGGGGAGCCAUGGCCCCCGCCUGCUGUAUCCGGACCAUAUCCCCACCACCUCGCUGCAAAAGUUGUUGCUGGCCGCAGGCUCAGCGGGAAUGGCGCUCUACAACCCCUAUCGUCACGACAUGGUUGCAGUUCUAGGGGAGACCACAGGAUACUGCACCCUGAAAUUCCUCAGGGACCAGAUGAAGAAGGAUCCAGAGGGUGCCCAAAUUCUCCAAGAGCGUCCCCGGAUCUCACUGUCCACCCUUGACCUAAGCAAACUUCAGAGCCUGCCUGAAGGCUCUCUGGGCCGUGAGUAUCUCCGCUUCCUGGAUGUGAAUAGGGUCUCCCCAGAUACAAGAGCACCUACCCGAUUCGUGGACGAUGAGGAACUAGCCUAUGUGAUCCAGAGAUACCGAGAGGUGCAUGAUAUGCUUCACACUCUGCUGGGGAUGCCCACCAAUAUGCUAGGAGAGAUUGUGGUGAAGUGGUUUGAGGCUGUGCAGACAGGCCUGCCCAUGUGCAUCCUGGGAGCACUCUUUGGACCCAUCCGCCUCCGCGCUCAGAACCUGCAAGUGUUGUUCUCUGAGCUGAUCCCUUGGGCAAUUCAGAAUGGGCGAAGGGCCCCAUGUGUCCUCAACCUCUACUAUGAGCAUCGCUGGGAGCAGUCUCUGAUAGCUCUUCGGGAGGAGCUGGGUAUCAGUCCUCCCCCAAAACAUAUCCAGGGCCUGGCCUAGUCUGAGCUGCUGCACAGGGAGGGCCUAGCCUGCCUCUCCCCACUGCCUUCCUUGGGACAAAGGAGCCCCUUCCACUGCCUUUGUUUCUUUUUGAACCUUGAACUCAGAGUGUCACUGUUCAUAAUUUUUAUAGUCACUGCUGUCAUGUGCUUUGUGGACCAGCCCAAGAGAGCAGGCAGGGCAGUGAUGGGGCUGUGACUUAUCUAACGAGAGCAAUGUGUGUGCCUGGAACAGCCAUCUGGAUCAUUCUGGAUUGUUCUGGUCUGAAGACCCUCUUCUGGGUAUUCUGUGAAACCCCGUGACUUGACCACUAACUGCAUCCUGUCCCAAAGCCCUGAAAAGAAUGGUGGGGAAGUGGGUGACAUCUCUGCUGUUUGAAUAAAGGCUCCCAUCAGGCCUAGAGCCCACUAGUCUCCCUUGGCCUAGUGCUGUCUUUGCCUUAAGCCUGA